CGUUCCGGAACAAAAGCGUUUGUUCCUACCCGAGCCACAAAAACGGUUGCGCCGUUAGUGAGGUUUGCUAACGUUGCUCGUUUCAGUUUUGCCAAUGGACUGACAUUGGCCAGCACAGAUGCUGCUGAAGGAUCUGCCCAGAGACGCCCUGCUGCGGCCCUUGUCCAGGAAUGAAGUCAUUGGCCUGUUGGUGAGGUUGAGCAUCUUUGGUGCUGCCACAUACUACAGCAUCAAAUGGGUGGUGGACGCCAUGGACCCCACCUCUAAGCAGAAAAGCCAGGCCAAAAAACGGGCAGAGGAGCUGUUGAGGAGAAUAGGCGUGGAGGGCGUCAUACUGACUGAGUAUGAGAUGAACAUCGCCACUCUCUUAGUCGAUCCCCAAACUAUCAAGGUGUCUUGGAGAGAUAUAGCUGGUCUGGAUGAGAUUAUUAAUGAGCUUCAGGACACAGUUAUAUUGCCGUUUCAGAAAAGACACCUUUUACCCAACUCUAAACUCUUCCAGCCUCCUAAAGGUGUAUUAUUGUUUGGUCCUCCGGGAUGUGGGAAGACCAUGAUUGCCAAGGCAACAGCCAAAGCCUCAGGCUGCAAGUUUAUCAACCUGCAGGCCUCCACGCUGACAGACAUGUGGUACGGAGAGUCACAGAAACUGACUGCCGCCGUCUUCUCACUGGCCGUCAAAAUCCAGCCUUGUAUUAUUUUUAUUGAUGAGAUUGAGUCAUUUCUAAGAAACCGCUCCAGUCUGGAUCACGAGGCCACAGCCAUGAUGAAGGCCCAGUUCAUGAGCCUGUGGGAUGGCCUUGACACUUCUACAACCACCCAGGUGAUGGUGAUGGGAGCCACCAACAGGCCGCAGGAUGUCGAUCCGGCGAUUCUGCGAAGGAUGCCUGCCACGUUUCAUAUCGGCCUGCCGAAUGCAAAGCAGAGAGAAGACAUCCUCCGGCUGAUUUUAGCAGGAGAAAAUCUGAGCAACGCCAUAAAUCUGAAGGAGAUUGCAGAGAAGACCGACGGAUACUCGGGCAGCGACCUCCGAGAGCUCUGCCGCGACGCCGCCAUGUACCGGGUCAGGGACUUCGUCCGCAAGGAGCAGAUCAGGCAGAUCGCGCAGCAGCUGCAGAGCUGCGAGGAGGAGGAAGGGCCCGUUGACGAGGAUCGGCUACGGCCGGUAACGCAGCUGGACCUGCUCUUCGGCCUCGAUAAGAUGAAGGAAUCCAAGCAGGCCACGGUUGCUACCCUACCCCUCGUGGCAGAGGUUCCUCUGGACUGAGCGCCGCUAACAGGGAGACUGCACUCACCUUUUUAGUGGCUACGGGUUCCAGCUCUGAACGCAGACCACUAGGAAGGUGCCUUUUGAAAGGCAAGAGACAAAAAUCCAGUUUUUUGGGCUUGGUAGAAUCCUGCAGGCUAUGUUAAUACAGUAUUGAGCAUACCCCUCAUCAUCUUCUCCACCCACCCUUACAUGUGACCAGGUACAAUAAAUGAGAACUGAGCAAUUCCAGCUGCUAGCUUAAUGCAUGAGAAAA